AAGUUACACAAUUAGAGGCCUCAAUGCAGACGCACUAUCUUGAUAUGUUCCGGGGAAAAGUGGUCUAACUUAAUUUAAAGUAGAGAAGAAGCGGGGAGUCCUUGUAUGAUGAACUUUAUCUAGCUGCGAAGGAGAGUAGACUGACUCUAGAAUUACAAAGAUACUUCAAAACAAGGUUUGAUGCUGUUUCACAUGAUUAACCAUGAACAAGAAUGGAAAAUCAAGAAAAAGCUAUAAAAGUUUUAUUUAAACUUUAGACUGUUAGUCGCUUCCAUCCCAUUUUUUGCAUUGGAAUGUAAACAAGACUACUUUGCAAGGAGACCCCGCAUAGCUCGACACGGAAGAAAUUGAGUUCUGCAAUCAAUAUUUCAUUGCGCCGAUAUGAUGAGCAGUGUGUUCUAUCAUGUGCUAGGUCUAAAGGAUCGCUGAGGAAGAAGCUACUGACAUUAUGGUCGUUUUCUUGAGUUUUUUAACAAUCCUUUUCACUGCUAUUUUGGCGAAUUCGGCCGCAACAGAUGGAUGUCGUUCUGUAAGGUUCCUCGAGGAAAGCAAAAACAAAACACUGAAAGGCCAUGUUAUUGCUACCAUGACAACAAGUAGCGCUGAGACGUGCGAGAUCAAGUGCCAUAAGAGUCCAGACUGUCAAUCACUGAACUACUCCCCAGUUUCCAAGAUAUAUGAGCUGAACUCUGUCAAUCACGAGACACACGCUGAUGACUUGGAGGACGUCAAUGGCGCAGUCUACCGCGCAGUGAAGAGCGCAUGUUCGGGGGUCACGUGUCCAUUGGCCAACAUGACGUGUCAAACGGGGUUCGGGGGAGAGAAGGCGGCGCGCUGCGUCUGCCCGAGGUGCUACGCAGGAGACAAAUGUGAAAAGGAACUGACCCAGCUUCAGUUUCCCGCCAGCGAAGGCCACAGUCGUCACGUGACAUUUCCUAUGCGAAGAAACCUGACAGCUUUGACGGUCUCCCUCUGGAUUCAGAACGUGCAGCGAAAUCUGGCACUUCAGUCGUUGAUCAGUGUCGCAACGAAAGAUGACUAUAACGCCGUUCUCAUCUAUCUCACCGACUCACCCAGACUCGAAUUCUCUUCUUAUGACAGUUUCGUUACUUAUGAUUUCAAUCUUUAUGACGGAGAGUGGCACCACAUCAUCUUCACAUGGGAAAACAGCGAGGGCGAGUAUCAGAUCUAUAUUGACGGUAACAAGAUCAAAUCCAACAAAAAUAAAAGAGUUGGGUAUGCUAUCAAACAAGGCAUUCUGUCUCUCGGACAGGAGCAAGACAGUUACGGCGGAAAUGGAGGCUUUGACAAGAAUCAAUGCUAUCGAGGGAACAUAACCGGCGUUAAUAUAUGGGACCAGGUCCUGCCUGAUGAUGAUAUAUUGGCCCUAGCGAAUAAGUGCCCUUCCGGUGUAGGGAACGUCGUCAGCUGGGAUGCCUUGGUGUCACUAGCGGAGGAUGAUCUGAAGGGGUGCCCGCAAGAGUGUGGCCGAGGAUAGAAAACAACGACGUUACAGGAGGGGUCAGAGACCUCAAAGAGGUCAUAUUUUGCAGUUUUUGAAAAGCAUAAGUUUUAAGACCGCUUGUAUGAAACGUUUUUCUUAGAACGUUUCAUACAGCACAUUAAAAACACGUAGAAAAUACGCCAACUCUGAAAAUCGUUAAAACUUGUGACUUGUUGUAACAAAGCGCCCCAUUUAGAACACUAGUGUAUGUAUACGUGGUAUGAGGUCAAUGGUGCAAUAAAGUUAGUUAAAUAAAGGUGUAUUGAAUUGUA